CUGUUGAUGUCACCCUUAGCCUACUCCUCCAGCAUUCGGAGUCCCCCAGCACACACACACACGCAGAUGGAUAACUUCGCCGUUCCUCCUGGGUUUCCUUUAUGAUCCCGGGAUCUCCCACUUUCCUCAUCAGACUUCAUAUAGCAACACAUGCGAACAGACCGCUCCUCUGCUCUCCUUUCUACCAGCGACACAGCAGCCUGCUACCACCCCGCACCACGAAACCUCAACCAGGACUCUUCACCUUCAUCCUUCGCAGACUGGCUACGCACGACGAAGUAAUCGAGUGAUUUUCCAAACGGAUUUCCACCGAAAAGCUCGACAAGUGCAAGUACCAAGACAAGGAUUUCUGGGCUAUAUCGACUAAAGCCGCCGACUUCAAAACGUUUUUUUUUCCACCGCUGUUGAUCCGUCCGUCUCAGCCGUGCCAUAAUGUCCGAGGUGCUGCCUUAUAGCGAGGGGAAAAUGAGCGGCUAUGGGGACACCGAGGCCAGUCAGAUAUCCUUUAGCUGCGGGCUACAGGACACCAAUUCGUUCUUCGGGGCGUCGCAAGCGAAAAGACCCCCAAAGCUGGGACAGAUCGGCAGAGCCAAGAGAGUGGUCAUCGAAGAUGACCGAAUAGACGACGUCCUAAAGGGGAUGGCAGACAAGUCGUCACCUGGUGUUUAAAGAUGAACGACGCCUUGCAAACUUUUUAUUUUGAUCAGCGAUUUAAAGCACCUGUCGGUUGUGCAUGUUCGAGGAUUGUAGGAGAAACGAUGGCACGAAGCGAAGACAAGGGGAAGGAAAGGAAUGGAAAGAAAUAUGUGAAGAUUGGACGAGAAAGCAGAGGAAGACACCAGAAAAGACACAUUUAUCAUGGGGUUGCUGGCAAUUCUCCAAACGAAAAGCCAUUUUAACUUGUGCUGCGCGGCGUGAUGUUGAGAUGGCGGACCCUGGCUCUGAUGGAUGAACUUGCCAUUACUUCACAACCAUCUUCCAAAAGCGCCGUAAGCAACACAAAACUACAAGUGGUGGCUGAAUCUCAUUUCAAGCUCUAUUUCUAUAGUUGUAUACAAUAGCCUUCCUUAGCUCGAAGACCAUAGACCCCUUACACGCUUGGCAUUGUUGAUAACAAAUCGGCGACAUCGCAUUCAAGGGAGCUGUCCUUUUCAGCACUGGUCGAACGUAGAGAAUGCAUUCCGAUUGCUGCUAAAGCUUUUAAAUACUGACCAAACAAACAAUGUCCAGUAACUAGUAUAGACCCAUUGUAUGUACAAAAUAUAUAUAUAUAUAAAUACACACACACACACACACACACACACACACACACACACACACACACACACACACACACAUGCACACACACACUCUCACACACACACACACACACACACACAACCAAGGAUGGUGCAAUGUUAUUUCCUUUCCUAGGCCUAUAUUCAUCUAGGCUCCAUCUGUAAAGAAUAAGCUAGUAAUGCAUAGUCCCCAGGUUCAAAUGAAUUAAAAUGAUACAUGGUGUUUCAUUACCCCCCACGGUUAACGAUGCAGGUCGGCGCCUUCAUGAAACCUACCGACACCAAUACAUAGCUGUUUCACUUUUUACAGACUCGAAAUAUCGAAGGAGGCGAGAUCGGCAAAUUAUGUUUGGAAAAAUAGUCAUGAAAUUGAUGGGGAAAUGUUUUAUUUAUUUAUAUUUUGCAAUUAUUCGUGUUUUUUUGUCUUCUAUAAUUAAAAAGUCAUUCUAUUUUCUCCAUCUAUUUGCAUGAACUUUCGCUCUGGUGCCAACACAGGUGCCACCACUCUUACCCUGGCACGCUUCUUUUUAACAAAAUUCAUAUUUGUAUUUUUAUAUCUAAACAAUUGUUAUUGAGAAAUUAUGUGCUAGUCUACCAUCUUACAAUUCAUCAACACAAUUGUGUGUACUAUAGAGAGGAUAUGCAGAUUGAGACCAUAUAGGCCUAACGGAGAAUCGAAGAGAUUUGGAUUUUGACUUUUCUCAUUCAAUAUCAUUUUUUAAAGACUAACUGAAUGUGUUUGGGGUUUUGCACACAUCAAUGUUAAACUAUUAUUGAGAAAUUGUAUCCUGUGACUUGAGCUUCGUUGAUGAAUUUGUUAGAAAAUAGCCAUUUUUUUUUGUAUAUUGCACUGUUUACGAGUAUCCUCAAAUAACACGUUGGAUUUUGACAGAUUUUGGACAUCAAAGUUGUUUUUUUAUUUAGUUUAUCUUGCACCAUUCUUCUAAGGAAACUCAAUAUGGUUUGUUGUGCAUGAAACCUUAAUAUUUCCAUUAAUGAAACAUUGUUUUACGAAGCAAAAAAAGCAACAGUGUCAUGACAUUCUAAGAAUGAGUCAUUGAAUAUUAUGAUGCCAUUUUCACUGUAUUUGGUGAACAAAUAAAUGGUGAAAGAACAUGUCAAA